UUUUCUCCAGGGUUCACAAUAUGUUGGAAUGGGAAAACAAUUAUUGGAGUAUAAAAAUGUGAAAGAGAUGUAUGAAAUUGCCAGUCAAAUUGCAGGUUAUGACCUUUUGCAAUUAUGUCUUACCGGACCAAAAGAAGAAUUAGACAAGACACUUCAUUGUCAGUUGGCAGUUGUUGUUACAUCGUUAGCUGCCGUAGAAAGGUUAAAAGAAGAAAAUCCAGAGGCUAUAGAACAGUGUGUGGCUACUGCUGGUUUCAGUGUUGGAGAGUAUGCUGCUUUAGUAUUUGCUGGAGCAUUAUCAUUUGAAGAUGGUUAGUAGAUU